GAUAUCUAUGAUAUAUGAUAUCUAUGUCUGAAACUGUGGUUAGCGGAAGUGACGUUUGUAGUUCAGUUGCUAAGCUGCGGCGGGUCAAACAGACACACGUCAAGUGUUAGCUGGUAUUAGCAGCACCUUUAACAGCGUUCGUUGGUCCCGGCUCUGUUUGUUUCGGAUCGGAACAACCGGUACCCGUGAAGCUGCUAACUGAGGUUAGCUUUAAUCAUACGGGAGUUUUGCUCAGUGGCCACUUAGAAUAGCUGCUGUCGACGUGAUAUAACUUGUUUACAAACCGCUUCGACCGGAACCAGGAGUAAUGGAGCUUCUUGGAUCGUUGUACAAAGUUUAACUUUAGCAGAACCCUCGGGUGUCUGUUCAGGUUAAAUAUACAUUUUCAUCUCACAGGUGAACAAAGAUGCUCUUGAAUUAACCUGAGCUCUGGUCCUGAUUCUCCCUGUCUGACCCAAAAUGGCUUCUGCUAGCAGCACCAAGAUCUCAUGGCAACUGCAGGAGUUCGAGGCUCACUCACGAAGCGUUUCCUGUCUAGCUCUGGGAAAAAGCUCCGGCCGCCUUCUGGCCACUGGAGGAGAGGACUGCAAAGUGAACAUCUGGGCUGUCAACAAGGCCAACUGCGUCAUGAGUUUGAAGGGUCACAUGAACCCGGUGGAGUGUGUCCAGUUCAAUACUUCAGAGGAACAAGUUGUGACCGGGUCUCAGUCUGGAUCCAUACGACUUUGGGACCUGGAGGCUGCCAAGAUGUUACGCACUCUGAUGGGACACAAAGCCAACAUCACCAGUUUGGGUUUUCAUCCGUUUGGAAACUUUCUGGCCUCUAGCUCCAUGGACACGAACAUAAAGCUGUGGGACAUCCGGAGGAAGGGUUACGUGUUCAGGUACAAGGGUCACACCCAGGCCGUACAAAGCCUGGCAUUCAGUCCAGAUGGGAAGUGGUUGGCCUCAGCAAGUGACGAUGGCACUGUAAAGCUCUGGGACCUGUAUCAGGGGAAAACCAUCACAGAGUUUACAUCUCACUCUGCAGCUGUCAACUGUGUCCAGUUUCACCCCAAUGAGUACCUUCUGGCAUCUGGCAGCUCUGACAGGUCCGACCACACCAUCUGA